UCAUUUAUCAAUCAGCACAUAGUUUUUAGAUUAAGAGAAGCCUCACGAGAAAGAGAGAGAAGAAGCUUCCCAGAUUAUAGCUAUACGCUGAAUGAGCGUUUGUAGAACUAGUUUCAGACUAUUUUUUUAUUGUUAAUUGCUGCUUAUAAUUUCUUCCAUAUGUAUUACCUUAGCUCAAGCCAAAGUAUCUAGUUCAUUAUGUGUGCCUAACCAAGGAAUUUGGCUUUUAUUCUGUUUGUAGAUUUGUGUUGCUAAUUAUAUUGCAAUCUCAGAGGCCUGUUUGCAGACUUGCAUUGGUUUUGUCAUUAGUUAUACUAUUUUUGGUUUAUACCUUCCUCUUGGGUAUGCUGUAGUAAUUUUUUAUUCGUUAAAACCAAAGAAAAUGUACACACUUGAUGGCAAAACCCAAUCUAGAUAACUUGAAGAUUGUUUUCCAUCUCAAAAAAAACUAUUAUGGAGAGUUCAGAGCAGAUAAAGACUAGUGAUCUCAACUCUCAUUUCUGCAUAAAAUUGGCGGUACAUAUUUUUCUGGAAGAAGCUGAAAAGGGCUCAAAUUUUGUUUUUUCACCCGUCUCUCUUCAGAUCUUGCUGCGUUUAAUUGCUAUAGGGUCGACAGGGAGUACCUUGGAUCAAAUUCUCACGUGUUUGGGAUCAAAAAGCACUGAAGAUCUUAAUUCUUUGUUUUCGCUGGUAUUAGAUGUUACAGCAGGACAAAACAGUUAUGAGAAAGACCUAACCACGGGUCCUCUUGUAACUAUGGUAAAUGGUUCUUUUAUUGAUCAACGUUUUGGUCUGAAGUCUUCGUAUGAAGGGAUACUGAGAGAUGUUUACAAAGCUGAAGCUAAGGCAGUUGAAUUUGCAUCCAAGGCUGAUCAAGUGAUAGAAGAAGUAAAUACAUGGGCUGAAGAUGUAACAAGUGGACUAUUCAAAGAGCUCCUUCCGCCAGGAUCUUUAGGCAGCGACACAGCUCUUGUAUUCGCAAAUGCACUUUACUUCAAAGGUGCAUGGAAUCAAAAGUUUGAUUUGGAGAGGUCUAUGCAUAGAGACUUCUACCUCCUAACCGGUGAGAUUGUUCAAGUCCCAUACAUGACCACCACGAAAAGGGAACGAAGUAUUUACCGCGAGAUUAAUGGCUACAAAAUUCUGAAAAUACCAUAUCAAAGUGGUAAUGACUCCGGUAAAUUUUCAAUGUACUUCUUCCUUCCACUGGAGAACAAUGGCCUGCAACAUAUGGUACAAAAUUUUAAUUCUACCCCCGGAUUUUUUAAUCAAGAAUUUCAACUACGAGAAGAGAACCUUGGUGUUCGUUUUUGGAUUCCAAGAUUUAAGUUCUCAUUCGAGUUUGAAGCAUCAAAAACCAUCAAUGAAUUAGGACUCACAUUACCAUUCAUCGCAGUAAAGGAAUUCACUGAACUAGCUUGUUCUGCACAUGAUGAAAAACUUUGUGUUUCCAAGAUUUUCCACAAGUCCUUCAUUGAUGUGAAUGAGGAGGGCACAGAAGCUGUAGCUAGCUCUGGACUUGCAAGGAUGAGUAGACGCUGUAGGAGAGUUAAGCCUCCAGGAUUCAUAGCUGAUCAUCCAUUUCUUUUCAUGAUAAGAGAAGAAACAUCUCGCAUUGUAUUUUUUAUUGGUGCUGUGAUCAACCCACUGCUGUCAACUUCUUGAAAGCUAAUGGAAAUUAUGGCUUGAUAUGCCAUAGUUUCAUAUAUAGUCGCAGUAAAUAACCAUUGUAAAGUUUUCAUUAGUAAGCCUUUUUGCUGCUAUCUCCCCAGCUUGGUUCCGAUCAUAAUCUUAACGAGUCUUUCAAGAGCGCUGCAGCAUUAAACAUUAAACAUGGAUAUUAAUAUGAAUGCAGGAAACACAAACAGAUUCAAGGCCAGAAAAGAUAAGAAAAGAGGCACACAUAUUGUUUGGUGGAUGGCAAUAACUUGAUAAAAGUUCAUUUUGGUCUAUCUUUCUCCACAAAAUUACGAAUAGAGAGAAAGAAGUAGAAUGGAGAAUAGAGAGAACUAAAGCCUUUGGCAUACAAGGAAUACAAUGUUGGCAAAGGCUUUAGUCUAUCUUUCUCCACAAAAUUACGAAUAGAGAGAACUAAAGCCAUCGGCAUACGAGGAAUACAAAUAAGCUUAUCAAAGUACAAUGAAGACCCCUUGAGAAUAGAGAGAAAGAAGUAGAAUGGAGAAUUUAGAGCUAGCAGAGAAAAACCCUUGAUUUGAAUUCUAA